UAAUAGUUGAUCUUUGUAUCUACAAAACUAUCGUAUAUUUAAUUAUAUUCCAUCCUCAACUGCCUAAAGCGGUUUUUAUUGUUGCUAUUAAAUUCCAUAAAUAUUUUCAAAGUAUGGGGAAAGUUGAAGAUCGACGCUCAAAACGGGCAAAACGGCAAAAGCCAGCAAGAUUUGCCUCGCCUACAGAGUCAUCUUUGGCAAGUCCUGCAACCAACACAGAGCCAACUCCCACCCUUUGUCAAGAUACUUUUAAAUCUUUGCCACUGCUGGAAUAUUCUGCAAAAAGAGAAGCCCAGACUCGCAAUGUGAAUAUCCAAUUUGUAAACAUACGCACAAGACCGGCGAGCACAAAAAAACCAGCGCAGGCCUCAACGUCACUCAGCAAUGCAAUGAAAAAGAUUAAGCGUCGACGAAACAGCGAUACUUCUAGCGAUGAAGAACGUUGGCUGAAUGCCAUUGAAACUGGGAAGCUAGACGAUGUCGACGAAGAGUUAAAAAAGAUAAAAGACCCAAAAUUAAUGACGGCUCGUCAACGAGCUAUGUAUGAACGGACACAAGAUUCGGAUAAUAAUAUGAUUGGAUUUGUUGAAGAACUAAUUGCUCUUCCCAGUGGAUAUAAGGAAAAGGAAAAACCUCAGACAGCGGAAGAAAUCGAAAAAGCAGCGCUAAAGUCGCAAAAACGUAAGCAACAGGCGGACGAGCGUCGCGAAAAAGAUAAACAAAAAACAAUGGAUCGCUUGCUAAAAAAACAGGAGAGCAGUAAACAACGCUCAGGCGCUCGUAGCAAACAAGCACAAAAGCCUUCACACCCAAAGCUUACCUAUAUGAAUACUAUUGAAGGUGCCUACAUCUUGGUACCUCCAGGUCAUGAGUUUCCGAUGGAAGCGAAAGUGUCACGGCCUUCACCACCAGCUCACUUUUGUUACAUUAGUGACUGCGGAAAUCGUAAGGCGUACUCCUGCUCUAAAACCAACGUUCCUCUAUGCAGUCUAGUUUGUUACCGUAAGCAUAUAACAGCCGCAAUAUUGCAACAAGAUAAUCCUAACCGUAUAGUUUAAAUGUUUUCAUGCACUUUUUUUUAUUGAUUUAAUACAAAAAUAUUUAUAAUUUCUUGUUGCUCCGUUUCAGUACGUUGCAAGUAUUGGUAUUCGCUCUUCAAACGCUCUAAUU